AUGAGCUACCUGAGCGGCGAGGGCUUGAUGGGGGACUUGAUGUCCUCCUUCAGCCUGUCGGCUUCGGGGGCUGAAGACAGCCUGGGUCUCUUAGACGACUAUCUGGAGGUGGCCAAGCACUUCAGAGCGAACGAGUUCUCCAGGGACAAGGCGGGCUCCUCCGAAUGGUUGGCUGCGGACGGGUUGGCCGACGCCUUGGGCAAGGAGGAUGCCUUCUCCGGGACAGAUUGGAUGGUGGAGAAAAUCGAUCUGAAGGGGUUUGACUUUGAUUCCUUGUUCAACUUAGAAGAUAUGGAAACCAUGCCAGACGAGCUCUUGGCCACGUUGGACGACACAUGUGAUUUCUUUGAACCCCUAGUCCAGGAGACUAAUAAGGAGCACCCCCAGGCAGUGAACCCAAUUGGCCAUCUCCCAGAAAGUCUACUACAAACAGACCAGGUUGCCCCCUCCACCUUCCUGCAGCCUCUUCCCCAGACCCCAGAGGUCCUGGUAGCCGCUCCAGACCAUGCCUUUCACUUAGAGCUGGGCAGUGAAGUGGAUAUCUCUGACUCUGAUAGGGACAGGAAGGCAGACACAGCUUCUUAUGUCACCGUGGUCCCCCAGUGCAUAAAGGAAGAGGACACCCCCUCAGAUAAUGACAGUGGCAUUUGCAUGAGCCCUGAGUCCUACCUGGGAUCUCCCCGGCACAGUCCCCCCACCUCAGGCGGCUCCCCAAGCAGGAGCCGGCAGUCUCCAACUGACCUUGGUGGUCCUGCCCGCCCCAAACCCUAUGACCCUCCUGGAGAGAGAACAGUGACAGCAAAAGUAAAGGGAGAGAAAUUGGAUAAAAAGUUUAAAAAAAUGGAGCAGAACAAGACAGCAGCCACUAAAUAUCGCCAGAAAAAGAGGGCAGAGCAAGACGCCCUCACUGGGGAGUGCAAGGAGCUAGAGAGAAAGAACGAGGCCCUGAAGGAGAAGGCAGAUUCCCUGGCCAAGGAGAUCCAGUAUCUGAAAGACUUGAUAGAGGAGGUCCGCAGAGCCAGGGGGAAGAAAGGCUCCCCUAGUCUGGGGCAGCAGGAGUGUGCUUGUACAUAG